UAAUUGAAUAAGCGCAUUCGCUUACUCGAUACCUUCUUUAACUGACGAGUGUCCAUUUGUUGCCGUUGGUUUUAUUUCAGCUUCAAGUGACGUAGAUGCGUAUUCUGUGAAUCGCAACAUCGAUUUGUUUAGGUUAUCACCGCCAGCUUUAUUAUGAGUAAGUUAACGUUAGGCCUAUACGUUAGCCGUUUAACGAUACCACACGAGGACUAAAUCGAAGCGAAUUCGCUUCAGGCUCCAGUUUAUAUUCACUCGGUUCAGUUUCCAUCUGCCGUCCAACCAUCGCAGAUCGGACGCGAUGGCCUCUCAGAAUAUGGAUCCCGCAGCAGCCUCGAGCACAGCAGCGCUGAAGGGCAGCGAGUCCAGCGGAAGCGUGUCCAAAGGUUCCGUCACGAAAAGGCUUCAGCAAGAGCUGAUGACACUAAUGAUGUCAGGAGACAAGGGGAUUUCAGCGUUUCCAGAGUCUGACAAUCUCUUCAAAUGGAUUGGCACAAUAGAUGGUGCUCAAGGAACGGUUUAUGAAGGUUUGAGGUACAAACUUUCACUGGAGUUUCCUAGCGGGUACCCCUACAAUGCCCCUCGGGUGAAAUUCAUCACUGCUUGUUUCCAUCCAAAUGUCGAUGAGAAUGGUUUUAUCUGCCUAGACAUUUUGAAGGACAAGUGGUCUGCACUAUAUGAUGUUCGCUCCAUUCUGUUAUCCAUUCAGAGUCUAUUAGGAGAACCCAACAAUGAUAGUCCAAUGAACUCUGGAGCUGCCGAACUAUGGGAUGACCAGGAAGCCUUCAAAGACCAUUUGCACGCAACCUACAAGAAUUGACCAUGAACAUAAAUGUCUGCCUUUUGUUUUGUUUUUUUUGUUGUUUUUUUUUUCUUGUUCAUAAUAAUGUAAAUUUUCUGUAAUUGUUCUGUGUGUAUAUUAUUUCUGUGUUGUAUGAGAGUUUCCUGAAUAAAAUGCUAAGUGAAUUGA